AUGACGCACCCCGCCAGAAGCGCCAAGGGUGGCGCUCCGCCCCGUCGAGCCAAUGCCGAGACCGACACGGAAGACUGUGUACGCCUCCGGAGGCUUGUGGUGGCGCAAAAUGGUUGGUGGCCACUCUUGAAAGACUGUAUUGCAGCCGAAUUUCGAUUUUACUUCAGCGCCAGAGGCCCGCGGCCAAUCGAGAGUCUCCAGGACGGUGGGGGAGGAAGGUGGCUUGUGUUGGUGGGACACAUGCGUGUUGACGGUCCUGUGGUUCGCCGGAAAUUGAACAUAGGAGGAAUUCCGACACAUACUGGGGCGGACGAAUUGGAGGUGUGCGCUGGCUGA